GGUUUUCCGACAAGCAUGGCGAAUUUCGAGCAUGCUGAAGACGACCAGAGACGUUCGAGCAUGCCCGGAGAAAUGCCCGCCGCCAGCGCCCCAGAGCCGGACCAAGCGUCUCGGGCAGAGGUUGGAGCUGCGGCCGCCGUCCCCUGCGUCAUCCCGUCGUUCGCGGCCGCCUCGGAGCUGCUGUCGGCGCCCUACUCGUGUCUGGUCCUGAACMCGCACCGGAGGCACGUCGCCCUGGCGCCGCAGUAUCUGAACAAGAAGAGGACGGGACUGCAGGAAGAGCUGAACGGAGAGCUGCUGAAGUUCUCCCAGAGUCUAAACGGAGUGCCUUUAGCCUACGACAGCAUCAGGGUUGUUGGCCAACAUGGACACAUUUACGAUGACAGCGGCUACAUCCACAUGGACAUAGAAGCCAAUUUUAUUGUGUUUCAGCCCAAAGCUGGACAAAAACUCCUAGGCAAAGUAAAUAAACUCGGGCUGAGCCAUGUCGGCUGCCUCGUGCACGGCUGCUUCAACGCCAGCAUCCCCAGACCAAACCUGGUCUCCGUGGAAACCUGGAGGGAUGCUGGGCCGAGGAUCGGCACAGAGCUGGAGUUCAGGGUGAAGGCUCUGGACGCUGACGCAGCAGGGGUCCUGCUGAUCAGGGGGCAGUUAGAUCGGACCAGGGUUCAGGAGCUGCUGGCUUUGAGCGAGAGCUCAGAGUCCGGCCUUCCCGCUGCCCAGCCGGAGCCGCAGGAGGCAGAACCAACUCCCGAGCCGCCCGACGACACACCCAAGAAAARGAAGAAGAAGAAAAAAGAAAAAGAGAAAGUCAAAGAUGAGGAGAUAGAAGAAGAAAUAACCGGCAUACCUCUGAGCCAACUGAACGGAACAACAGAUGAGACGAGCGGCAGCGAGAGGAAGAAGAAGAAAAAGAAAAAAGACAAAUACUUGAAAGAAGAGGAGCAGGAGAUGGAGAUCUCUCAGGUGGAGGAUACUGCGAGCAACAGCUCUAGCAGUGAAAAGCCACGCAGGAAAAGGAAGCAUGAAAGUGGGACUGAUCCCAGUGUGAGUGAAGAUCAGACACCAACUAAAUCCAAGAAGAAGAGAAAAGUUGAGACUGAGCAGUUUGCCUGAAAAAUACCGAAAAUACAGAACAGAUGUUUUAAAUAAACUGAAGCAGAACGUAUUGAUGUUGCUGGAGGAGAAUCCUURUGUGCCUUAAUGACCUAUUUUUAUAUUCUGCCUGGUUUAACUAAAAUCACAGACUGAAAAGGUGCAGAAGAAGCAGACUCACUCGGACUGUGAUUUCAGUUUCUGCCUGACGGUGGAGCAAAACUGCUUCACAAAAACCCAAGAGCUGAAGUGUGAAGGUCGGCAGAAACUGCAUUAUUUGGAGACACCUACUGGUGCAUAUAUGUUUUUAUUAAAACAAAUGUAGAAACCACACAGCUGAGAAAAAUCAAAUCAGAUAUUUGGUUUUCUUCAUGUAAAACAGAUUGUAACGACUCUUUUAGCUUCCUGUCUGCGUUUGGCUCAGUCAGUCUGUCCARUGAGCUGAAAGAACAGCUCACAUCCUGUGGUGUUUUAUUUGCUCCGACUGGGAACCACAGAAAUGUAAAAUAAAUAUUUCUAUUUCAAACCACAAGUGUGUUUGUUUCUCUUAGGAGUAGCUUUAAAAUGACAAACGGGUGCGCCUGAAAACGUUUUUAUUAAAGGUGUGGCGUCUCAUUUAAAAAGUCAUAAAAUGCUGAUUUAAUUCAGCUUUUAUGGAAUUAAAAUGUCUUAAAUUUCAA